UUUCUAUCUUUUUUCGUGAGUUGGUCUUAACAUGCAUCACUAACAAAAUUAUCAUAACUUCGAUCAUAGGCAUGUCUGCAUUGAAUUUUUAAAUAAAACAAAAAAGAAUAGCUGUACCAAAAUGUCAAUUAAUAUUAGAUGUGCAAACCCAAAUGAUUUACUCAACAUUCAACAUUGUAAUUUACAAUGUUUGCCUGAAAAUUAUCAAAUGAAAUAUUACUUAUAUCAUGCUUUAUCAUGGCCACAGUUAAGUUAUGUAGCUGAAGAUGAAAGAAAUCAAAUCGUAGGAUAUGUAUUGGCAAAAAUGGAAGAAGAUUGUGAAGAUAAUCCUCAUGGACAUAUAACUAGUUUAGCUGUUAAAAGAUCUCACAGAAGAUUAGGAAUAGCUCAAAAAUUGAUGAAUCAAGCAUCAAGAGCCAUGGUGGAGUGUUUUAAAGCUAAAUAUGUUUCUCUACAUGUUAGAAGAAGUAAUCGAGCUGCACUAAACUUGUACACCAACAGUCUAGAUUUUGAAGUAUCUGAAAUUGAACCAAAAUAUUAUGCUGAUGGUGAAGAUGCAUAUGCCAUGAAAAGAGAUUUAAAAUCAUUUAAAGAAGAGAAAGAUACAUCUAGUGAUAACUGUUAUUCUAACAUUACAAUAAAAAAUGAUGAAUGUUGCUAAUUAAUAAAAAUUUGCUUAUAAUUGAAA